UUGAGUCACAGUUGACGAAGUACUCUACAUAGAAACGUCUUUUUGGCCGUUUAAUAUAUGGUAUUAGUAAUAUUCCCGAGCCAUGGCACAAGAGAACGUCUGUGUAAUAUUCUGUAACACUGUUCGCUUGAAAGGGAAAGAACGUGGUUAAUACGUGAGGCCGAUUUUGGAUUAUUCCUGAUCUUAAAUCAGUCUGUCGCUACGUUUUUUUUAUCGCCGCUGAAUGAUUUGUUUGUGUAGUAAGCUCUAUGUAGUAACCUGUUGCGUAAUGCCACCAUGUAAGGGCACUUAAGAACCGCUGAUAUAUAGGAAACGUCCAAGAGGCUUUAGAAGGAAAGGCAGCGAUGUCAUAUUUGCAUUUUGUUGGAUUUCUCUCAUUUUUACGACUGUCAGGUCUAUUCAGCCAUGGCUUGGUGAUAAGGAAUACCUCUAGUGCUGACGAGAGCUCUACCUCUACAAGUAAACAGCCACUUACUAAGAUAGGGAAUCCUUUCGAGUCUAUGCUCACCACAACGGAGUCAACUAUAGACUUGGCAACGCGAAAACAUAAUAGGAGUGAAGAAAUAAAGCCAGCGAACACACCGCCAUGGGAAUACCAACUGAAGUAUGAGGAGUUAGUGAUACCGGGAAGAAACGUUUCUGAUAUUCUUGAAAUUGUAUUUAAGAACUAUGACAAAAGGAUUCGUCCAUUUUAUGGAGUACAAACACUCCACGUCGAUUUGGACAUGUUAAUUCUGUCAUUUGGAGAGAUUAGUGAAACUAGCAUGGAUUUUGAGGUGGACUUAUACCUUGGCCAGUUUUGGCAAGAUCCACGAUUAGCUUUCGGCAUCAACAGAACAAUUAUCCUUGGGGGAAUAGCAUGCGAAAAGUUUUGGUUACCUGACACCUUUUUCGUCAAUUCCAUCGACACAAGAAUACACAGGAUGGUUUUCGCCAACAAGAAAAUAUGGAUAAAUCUAAUUAACGGAAGCAUGAUGUUAAGUGCAAGGUUAGUAACAAAAAAUUCGUGCAAGUUGGAUCUUAGGAACUACCCACUGGAUGAACAGACUUGUCACCUAGCCUUUGAAAGUUUUUCGUACGAGGAAAAAGACUUGAAAUACAAGUGGCGGUCUCCGGUGGAGAGUACGAUCUUCAUUUAUGACAAUGAAAUGGCGCAGUUCGAUAUUGUGAGCGCCACGAGAUAUCUAAAACAUGCAGUGUAUCACUCUGACAUGUUCUCUGGUUUAACAGCGACUAUGAUAUUUCGUCGACGAUCUAUGUACUACAUUUUUCAAAUGUAUAUUCCUUGCGUAUGUGUUGUAGCUCUCUCUUGGGUCAGCUUCUGGAUAAAUCACGAGGCCGUUCCCGCCCGCGUGGCACUCAGUAUAACCACUGUAUUGACUAUAAGCUACAUGCGUGGAAACGUCAACGCAGGGAUGCCACGUGUUUCUUACUUAAAGUCUAUCGACUACUUCUUACUUGGAGGAUUUGUGUUUAUCUUUAUGACUUUGUUAGAGUAUGUUCUUGUUCUGAAGCAAUCUCGCAAAAUACACGCGAUGAAUAACAGUAAGAAGGAUGAUUGCGAGUUAAGCCAGGAUAAAGAAAAUCUGGACCGACGACCUCUUCUUGUAACUGUCGCAUUCGACGGCAAAAGCUACAAGUUUAGACAUUCUUUGGAAAACAUGGAAAAUGGCUUACACUCUUCUUACCCAAAAAGGAAAAGCUCCGUGCACGAUCGCACACGAAAGCAGAACCUGGCAACACGCUUAAAACCCUUCUUUGUCAAGAAAGGAGUUAAAGAGAACGAAGGAGUCAUACACAGAGUAAAACGCAAAUUUAGGUCAGAACAAGGAGUUCACUACUUAGAUCAGUAUUCAAGAAUUCUGUUUCCAUUGGGAUAUGCUGCCUUUUUGACCACCUACUUCGUUAUCUACAUGGUGAAAAAGUAACAGUGCCUGGAUGGGAUGAUUAAUUGCACUUUGGACCUACAAAGCAAGAACAGAAAAUAGUCCUAUCCAUUAAGUAGACGUUGGGAAGUGGUGUUAAGAGCAUAUACCUUGUUUGAAAGAACCCAAGUCAAAUUAAUUCAUGCUGUCGCUUGCUUUAUGACGUGUUCUCAAAUGGCCAGAUUCGCCGCCGUUGCUGCUCCUUUGUAUGACCGUAAACCAGUUGUAAAAAGGGAGAUUUAUUAUUAAAAUUCAAGGAUGAUGAGAAAAGACAGCUUUGGUCUAUCUGAUCGAAAGCCACACUACCUCGCGCGUGGUAAAUUGUAUCGUAGUAUUGUUAUCGCAUCAAUAGGAAUUUAAAUUAACGAUGAGCAUAACGUGUUACUUUCUACUGUUGUAAGGCGUUCCCUAAUACUUGUUUGAAUUAUUUUUUGGAGAUGCAGUAGUCAGAUUAAGAAUCAAAAGUUGUUGUUCAGUACAAUUUUACUUGGAUAAAAAGGUAAAUUUCCAUGUUUCUUUCAUUAUUCUUUUUUUUUUUAUAUUAUAUAGAUAUAUAUGUGAUAUCUGUGACAUAUCGAGUGCUUGAUAAGGUCAUACCUCUCUGGCAAAACGAUGUGAGAACUACAACUAUGAUGGAAAAAAAAGAUUUCAGUAUAGUGAUAUUAUACAAAAUUUGAAAAACGAUUAUAUCAAAUUUGAAAAGUGUAAUGAAUAUAAGAAAUUGGGAAAACUACAAAAAGGAAAACGAGAAGAGAAAAACAUCUUGCAAGACCAUAAGCCAAUUUAUACUUGAUAUUGUGCGUCUGGUGUAGUGAACCACCUGGAGUGGAAGUGUUCUCAGUGUCAUUUAUGCUUUGAUCUAUAAGUAUCCUGGCCUAUCUGCCAAAAGUUAGAGAAACCUUAAAGUACCACAUGCUUAGUUCAUGUAUGCUACAGUAAGUUCAAUUUACGGGUUACAAUAAAAUAAAUCAAUUUAUUCCCCUAUAUAUGGAAGCAUCAACUUAGACGCGUCUGUUAGUUCUUAUAAUCCCCCAAAUUAUCUGCGAGCCAUAUUGAAUAAAAAUGGCGCGUAAAAGCGAGCUUGAGAACAAUGA